AUGUCUGAAGCUGAUGACCUCCCAGAGAAACUAAACGACGUUUUUGACAUAGACGUCCACUCGGACCCCAGAGUGCAAUGGUUCAAGGAACGUAUUCUAUCCUUCACCGGCAUACAGGAUGAAGAAGUCUUCUAUAACAUGCUAGAAGAAGGCAACACUAGGCAGAAGCUAGCCAAUUUUAUUCUAUCGCCUAUUCGACCUUACGAUCUAUCGCUUGAUACGCGAGUGUUUUUCAUAUCGAAAAUAAUCGUCGAUAAACUUAUACACGAGGAGAAGGAGUUCACGGAAUGGCGCAUCAUACCUCCGGCGCCCCCGCCGGUUGUACAGCAUAAGAAAGGAAAGAAAGGCAAAAAAGCCAAAGCUGAGGUACCAGCGGAAUCUGACCCAGAGCCGACAGAAGAUGACAAGAAAAGAGAUAAGAGCGGGAAAGCCGCUAAAGGUGGAAAGGGCACGAAAGUUGCAAAGAAAAGUGUGAAGGUCAAAGAUGAAGCGGAAAUCGACACAGUGGCUGCUACAGUGACGGAACCCUUUGACCUGGACAGCUCGAGAGCCUCGGAGUACCCGGAAGACAAGCCGAAAGUCGUCACAGAUGACUCUUUUCCUCUGCCGCCCGAGAAUCUGGACCCAGAGAUUGAUGGGGUGCUCGAGUAUUAUACAGUUGUGCGAUCAGUCCCCCGCAUGGUGCAAUACCCCAAGCUGAUAGCGUCCUUCGGAGCCCUGACUCCGCAGACCGUGGACCGCGACCGCAAGUACAUCUACUUCAUCAGGCAGUGCCAGGACGAGAUCCCGGUGGCUGAAGACGGGUGUACCACCAGGUUGAGGAUGCCAGAGUAUGUCCUGGUGGGGUCGACGUCGGGGAGAAUACUGAUGAGCCUUGGCAUGCAGUUGAAGGAGACAUUCAUAUCGCUAUACGAGAACCAGUCCCGCGAGAUCCUGACGACGGGCAGCGAGGAUGACCAGAUGGGCCUGCAGCGGAACACCUCCACUAGCGGGGAGAAGGUGGCUUCGGAGGUUAACUAUCUCCGUCCCUCUGACUACCGUAGGAUGUCCAACAUAGCGCGGGGGGAGAACGCAGAAAGACGCAUGAGGAAUAUGCGCGCUGUGUCUUCCAAUAUUGGAGAAGCAACUGAAAAGGCUUCAGGAGAACAGAAUGCACCGGCGAUAGAAGAGCCGGUGACGACGACCGGUCCCGUCAAAAGCGGCGGGUCGGCAGCCGAAGUCAUCUUUGACAUCGAGAACCUUGUGGGGAUGGUGGAGUGGACCAUGCAACACAUCGAGGGCGACAUCCAAAUACCGAUGCCGGACAUCAAGGACGUGCUGGGUCUGCCGGACGACGCGGUGAAGGAUCCCAAGCUGGUCGCGCAGCUCGAGGAGGCGGUGAUGAUGUGGCAGACUCAUAUUGACUCCACCAUAUCGGCAUGUCUCGGCAAGACAAAAGAGGGAGAGGGACCGGUAGCAGAGUACAAAUAUUGGAGGGAAAGAGAUGCAGAGAUAUCUCUUCUGGUGGAACAACUGAAGCAGCCGAUGGUGGUGAAAAUACUGUCGUUGUUGAAGUCUGGCUUCAACAACUAUAAAGAGAAACUCAUGGACCAGUACAAUCUCGCCGGCGACAAUUUGAAAUUCCUCUCCACUUUGAUGCGUUUCUUCAGGGUGAUCGAGGACGAUUCCCCGCUGCAGCACGUCCUGGACAUGCUGCCGGAGAUGGUGGAGAGCAUCUACAUGAUGUGGGUGCUGUCGAAGGGCUACCGGACUGAUGACACCAUGGUGCCUCUCCUCGCACGCAUAUCCUGGGCCCUCUGCGACAAGAUGGAGAGAUUCCUUGAUGUUUACAAGCUAUUUGACAACUCAAACGAGGAAGUCCUCGCACUCUGUCAAGCGGGUCAAGCCAUCAUGGUGGUGUGGCACGAGCUGUACCGCAGCACGCGGCGCAACAUCGAGCUGAGCGGCAAGGGCGCGCGGUGGGAGUUCGACCAGCCCCGACUCUUCACCAGGACGGACUAUAUCGGGAACGUGGCUGGGGAUCUGGGGAAGGUUGUGCAGGUCCUUAUAGAUUUCGAGCGCAUCUUCGGCGCGGAGCUCAAGUCCAUCAUCAGCGACCCAACCCAGAUCGACGACGUCCGCAAACGCGUCAAGAACCUCGUCUUCGCCAUCCGUACCGUGGACUUUAGUGUCUUCGUGUUCGACAACAAGGAGAACUGGGACGUCAUCAUGAGUGACUUCUGGAAUGAAGUCAAGCGGCUGGAGGACGAAGCCAAGAACUACAUCAAUCAGAGCUUCGGAAAUCUAAGAUCAUCAGAGGAGGCUCUGGACGUGCUGCUCAAGUUCAUGGACUUCAAAACCCGGGACGCGAUCAAGCAGCAGCUGGCCACCAAGUUCGAGCUGGUCAUGACGCAGUUUAUCAAGGAGAUCACCGCCAUGGAAGAUGCCUUCACGCGUCACCGUAAAAAUCCCCCACUGCUGCGCCAUCAUCCGCCCUCAGCCGGUGCGGUGUACUGGGCCCGGGCGUUCUUCGACAAGAUGAAACAGGCGAUACUGAAGUUUCAGAAGGUUCCAGAGUUGAACGAUUGCGAGCAGAAAAAGGAAGCUUUCGCCCAGUACAAGAGACUGUCCAAGAGUAUCAAGGAGUAUGAGGAGCAGAAGUAUAAGGAGUGGCUGCAGAAAGCCUCGCAGUUUGUCGAUGACAUGAUGAAGAAGAACAUCCUACGUGUGGUCUUCAAGAAAGAGGAAGAUCCCGUUCCAAACUCGGGACGCAGCAUGAAAGCGACAGAAGCUGGUAAGGCUUACCUCGCGAGGCGACGCGGAUCCAACACCUCGUUACGACCCGUGGACAUCGUGAAUAAGGAGAUUGCCGAGAAACGGAGACGAGACAAAGCUCUGAUGCUGAUGCGUAUACCCGGCCAGCACUACGAACACGUGCGCUCGCCGAGCUCAGCCUCACUUCUUGCGAAGGAGGGACUGACGGACGUUACAUGGCGGGAUCUGACCGUACACAAGCUGGUGCAGGAGUACGGGGUGGAGUUUCAGCCAAACUUCGACAAACACAUCUUCCUCGUGAUACGCGAAGCGGAACUCAUGGAAAUAUUAGGAUUCCCAAUACCAUCCAACAUACGUAACGUAGCCAUGCAGAAAGCUCGCCUCUACUACGAACACGAAGCCCUGGACCAGGUGAUCAGCAAAUACCGCGCUAGUGUCGCCUCGCUGAGCCCCUCGGAGACACACCUCAUGAAGAAGCAUCUGCUGGAGAUGGAGAGACACAUACUGCCGGGGCUGACCAGGAUAACCUGGACGGCGUUGGGGAUUAUGGACUAUAUCAGUGAUAUUAGGAAAGGUGAAAACUGUCUUCGCACGGUUUACCAACACCUAAAGAUGAUAGAGAAAGAGAUAGAGUCCCUUCUCUCUCAGCUCGAGCAAUACGAUCUGUUCCCAUGUAUGAAGCCUGAGGAUUACAAGGAUCCUGACUCCGGGGAGGCUGAUGAUACGUGGUUGUAUCCUUGCAAGACCUACUUUGUGGAAGUGGAACUUGAACGACUUCAGCGUGUGGGCAAACUGUCCCGCAGCUACGACCGUAUCAGCCCCAUACUGAUGAAGCUGGAGUACCUCAUCCUCGGCACCAGCACCGGCAAAUCUGACGUCAUGACUGCGUACUACUCGUACUGGGAGAGCAGGAUAUUCAAGACCUUGGUCACGCUAACUUUUGAAAACUUGGAGCAGUUCCAAAUCAUGCUCAGCGAGAAGACUCCCUUGUUUCAAGUGGACGCGAUACUAGUAGCACCGGAUAUCACCAUGAGACCAACAGCCUCAGAGAUCUGCAACAUCCUGGGAUAUGACAUCAAACAGUUUCUGAACAGAUUGACCGCCUUCCCCCGUUGGAUGCGUAACACCUGUCUCCCGUGCCCGCCUCAACGGAUCGCCGAAGCCACCGGAAACGAGUUCUACGUGUUCUCCUACUUUGAGGACGUGCUGAGGGUCGCCUCCAUCAACGACGUUACCAUCCUCAUACAGGAUACCAUCUACCGCUUGACGCAGGAUAUCAACACUUAUAUUCAAAAAUGGCAAAAAUACCAACACCUAUGGGGAUUCGACAAGGCGCUCUCCUGUGAGAAGUUCGUUCAGAAAUACGACCAAAUCGAGAAGUAUGACGAAAAGUUCUUCUUCUUCGAAGAUAUCAUUGCCGAUCUGGAUGGUCAUGUCAAGUUUGUUGACAUUGGAGCUGUCAGAGUCAACUUGAGGCCAAUUAUAAAGCAGGUUCAGGAUCAUGCGCAGGAGUGGAAGAAUACGCUCGGAGAAUGUAUCGUGACGAAGACUAGACUGAAUAUGUAUGAAUUGAAGAAUCAGAUAGAGUCCCUCCACAACACCAUCAACAUGAACAUCAAGGGUCUGGAAGACUUCAAGCUGGUGAUGGCCAGCAUCACCCAGGUCCAGGCGAUGACGGUCACCGCCGAGGUGCGGUACAGGGCCAUGCAGGAGGUCUUCCAUAUGCUGAGGAAACAUGAUAUCAAGGUCACAGACGAAGACAUAACAUUCGCCGGGGCUCUAGAGAAGUCUUGGGGCCGUCUCUAUCAGACAGCGCUAUUCCGAAGUGAGACCCUAGAGCAGACCAAAGAGAAGUUCUCCAAGAUGAAUGUGACAGAAAUUGCAAACUUCCUCAGAGAGCUGGAUGAGUUUGUAGAGAAAUUCGAUGUGGAGGGACCGGCUACUGUUGGUGAUGAUCUGGACAGAGGAGUAGUGCUGAUGGAGGAAUACGGAAAACUGUUUUAUGAAUUCGAAUCGCGCAAGAAAGUGUUGCAAGCCGCGGAGCAGCUUUUUGACAAUGCUUUGGCCGACUUCUCGAACUUCAACCGAGCGAAGGCGGACUAUCAGGCGAUGGAAAAAUUGUACAAGAUAUACAGGGCGCAGAGGAACGCAAGGGAGGCGUGGGCGCGCACGCUGUGGGUGAACCUCAACGCGCAGCAGCUCGUCGACGGUAUUGAACAGUUCUUGAAGGAGUUUAGAAAACUCCCAAAAGCCAUCCGCCUGAUACCGACGGGUGUGACCUUGGAGACGAAGAUGAAGCAGUUCAAGAGCGUGGUGCCGCUGAUGGUGAUGCUGAAGAAUGAGGCCAUGCGCGAGAGACACUGGCAGAAGCUGCAGGCUAAAACUGGUAUCGAGUUCGACAUGUCUCCUGACCGGUUCACGCUGGAGAACAUGUUCGCGAUGGAGCUGCACAAACACCAGGACGUCGCCUUGGAGAUUGUCAAUCACGCCAUAAAGGAGUUGUCCAUCGAGCGGUCCGUCAAGGGAAUCCAGGAGGCGUGGUCGUCGGUCACAUUCAGUGUGACACGACACCGACCGCGCGGGGAAGACCGAGGGUACACGCUCAACCAGUGCGACGAUAUCGUCAUGAAGUUGGAUGAUGAUGCCAUGACGCUGCAGAGCAUGGCCGCUUCACAGUUCAUUGGCCCAUUCCUCUCCGUGGUGCAGACCUGGGAACGGAAGCUGUCCCUCAUCUCAGAGGUGAUAGAGGAGUGGCUGAUGACGCAGCGCAAGUGGCUGUACCUGGAGGGAAUAUUCGUUGGUGGAGACAUCCGGACACAGCUCCCGGAGGAAGCGAAGAAGUUUGAUGAUAUCGACAGGUCGUAUAGAAAGAUAAUGGUAGAUACGGCGAAGAGAUUGAACGUCGUCGACUGCUGCUCCAUCAGCGGCAGGCUUGAUGAGUUCAUACAUUUGGGAAAUGGACUUCAGAAAUGUCAGAAGGGUCUGUAUGAUUACCUGGACACAAAGCGUCGCAUCUUUCCCCGAUUCUUCUUCAUAUCCACGGAUGAGUUGCUGUCUAUACUCGGCAGUGGGGAACCUUCGUGUGUCCAGGAGCAUAUGAUUAAGAUGUUCGAUAAUAUUAAAGCGCUGGAUUUGUACGUCGAUCACACUAACCGACCAGUCGCUGCUAAGAUGAUUUCUGCCGAAGGAGAGAUAAUGGAGUUUCGGUCUGUGGUGUACACGGAGGGUCGCGUGGAGGAGUGGAUGACUUUGGUGCUGGGUGAGAUGAGGGCCACAAACCGCUACCUCACCAAGAAGGCGAUAUUCUACUACGGCAGAAACUGGCGCGUGCCGAGGACGGAAUGGAUACUCCGGUACCAGGGUAUGGUGUGUCUGGCGUCCAACGGCGUGUGGUGGACCGCGGAGACGGAGGAGGCAUUCCUUAGGAUCCAGCAGGGGAACAAGCGGGCCAUGAAGGAGCACCUGCACGAACAGAACCAGCAGCUGGAUGACCUGGUUAUCAAGGUCAGGCAAGAUUUAUCAGCGAACGACCGUCUCAAGUUCCGAACGAUCACCACCAUCGACGUACACGCGCGGGACAUCAUUGAAGGCUUCGUGCGGGACAACGUGACGCAGGCCAGCGAGUUCCAGUGGGAGAGCCAGUUGAGAUUCUACUGGGUGAAGGCGGAUGAUAAUCUGUGGAUCAAACAGUGCACAGGUGUAUUCGAAUACGGCUACGAGUACAUGGGCCUGAACGGUCGGCUGGUGAUCACGCCGCUGACUGACCGCAUCUACCUGACCCUGACUCAGGCUCUGACCAUGCAGCUUGGUGGAGCGCCCGCUGGUCCCGCCGGCACUGGCAAGACGGAGACCACCAAGGAUCUAGCCAAGGCGCUCGGUCUGCUCUGCAUCGUCACCAACUGCGGCGAGGGUAUGGACUUCCGCGCCGUGGGGCAGAUCCUCGCCGGUCUCUGCCAGUGCGGCGCCUGGGGGUGCUUCGACGAGUUCAACAGGAUCGACAUAUCGGUGCUCUCCGUUAUAUCCUCCCAGCUCCAGUGCAUUAGAAGCGCGCUGCUGAUGAGGCUGAAGAGGUUCACGUUUGAAGGUCAAGAGAUAACGAUGGACAGCAAAGUGGGCAUCUUCAUCACGAUGAACCCAGGCUACGCCGGACGCACGGAGCUGCCGGAGUCAGUCAAAGCCCUGUUCAGGCCGGUCGUCUGUAUACUGCCUGACAUGGAGAUGAUCUGCCAGAUCUCAUUGUUCUCUGACGGGUUUCUUACUGCUAAGGUGCUAGCAAAGAAAAUGACGGUCCUGUACAAGGUAGCGCGGGAGCAGCUGUCGAAGCAGUCACACUACGACUGGGGGCUGCGGGCGCUGAUCGCGGUACUGCGGAUGGCGGGGAAACUGCGCCGGGACAGUCCGGAUCUCAGCGAGAUCAUGGUGCUUAUGAGAGCACUCAGAGAUAUUAACCACCCGAAGUUCGUGUUCGAAGACGUGCCACUAUUCCUGGGUCUGAUCAAGGACCUGUUCCCUGGGCUGGAGUGCCCCAGGGUCAGCUACCCGGACUUCCACGCCGCCAUCAUUGCCACUCUGGAGAAGGGGGGCUAUGUGGUCUUGGACAAUCAGGUGGACAAAAUUAUACAGCUGUACGAGACGAUGAUGACCCGGCACUGCUGCAUGCUGGUGGGGCCCACGGGCGGCGGCAAGACUGUGGUACUCCAGACCCUGGUCGACGCGCAAACACACAUGGGUCUGCCUACCAAGCUCACUGUGCUGAACCCGAAGGCGUGCUCGGUCAUAGAGCUGUACGGCGUGCUGGAUCCAGUGACUCGGGACUGGACUGAUGGGCUGUACUCGAAGAUAUUCCGGGAGAUGAACAGACCGGCUGAGAGGGAAGAGCGUCGGUACACUCUCUUUGACGGCGACGUGGACGCCCUCUGGAUAGAGAACAUGAACUCGGUGAUGGACGACAACAGGCUGCUGACGCUGGCCAACGGGGAAAGGAUCCGUCUAGCCCCGUACUGCUCUCUGCUCUUCGAAGUGGGGGACCUGGACUACGCGUCCCCGGCGACGGUGUCUCGCGCCGGCAUGGUGUACGUUGACCCUAAGAAUCUGGGCUACCAGCCGUAUUGGGAGAGGUGGCUGAGGCGUCGCAACAACGAGGAAGAACGGGAACAGCUCCAGGCGCUGUUUGAUCACUACGUGGGUGGCGCCAUCAACUACAUCGUGUACGGGCUGUUCGGGCUGCAGCAGCAGACGCCGCUCAGGACCAUCGUCCCCCAGACGCCGCUCAACCUGGUGAGGCAACUGUGCUCCAUGAUCAGUGGUCUUCUGCCGAAGAGUGAAGCUGAUGGGGAGAUCGAUAAGACAGUUGUAGAAUGCGUCUUCAUGGUGUCGAUGUACAACAGCCUGGGUGCUGCGAUCGUGGACGAGGGUCGGGGGGACUUUGACGCUUUCAUCAAGAAGGCCUGUCCCAUGAUGCUGGUGGAAGACAACACGGAGAAGAAGGCCACCACCAAAUACUUCCCAAUGGGUUUCCCCACGCUAUACGACUACUGCCUGGAGCUGACCACGAAGACGUGGGAGGCGUGGGAGUGGCUGGUGCAGGAGUACCACCACCAACGUGACGAGAGGUUCUCCAGUAUCCUGGUGCCGACGGUGGACACGCUGCGGCUGACGUGGCUGAUACAGAUUAUGGAGAGCGUUGGUAGGCCUGUUUUGCUAGUUGGUGAGACAGGCACCUCCAAGACCGCUAUCAUCACCAACUAUCUACGAGGAUUGCCUGCUGAUAAAUAUAUUGUCCAACAAAUGAACUUCUCGUCCCGCACGUCGUCGAUGGACGUGCAGCGGAACUUGGAGUCGGCGGUGGAGAAGCGCACCAAGGACACCUUCGGCCCGCCCCUGGGCAAGAAGAUGCUCGUGUUCAUUGACGACAUGAACAUGCCUAUUGUGGACACUUACGGCACGCAACAACCCAUCGCCCUCUUGAAGCUGCUGUUCGAGAGGAAAGGCUUCUACGACAGAGACAAAGACCUGAACUGGAAGAACCUCAAGGACAUUGGUUUCCUCGCCGCCAUGGGCAAAGCUGGCGGUGGUAGGAACGACGUGGAUCCCCGCUUCAUAUCGAUGUUCUCGGUGUUCAACCUCCAGUUUCCGUCAGAGGCAACUCUCCGCCACAUCUACGUGUCCAUCCUGGACGGCCACUUCUCCGUCUUCCCGGAGGAGGUCCACGGCAUUGUGGAGAAGCUGGUGCUGAUGACUUUGGACUUGUAUCAGAUCCUGGUGACGGAGCUUCCCCCGACCCCGGCGAAGUUCCACUACAUCUUCAACCUCCGUGACUUGUCCCGGGUGGCGGCGGGGCUCUGCCUCACGCACCCCACGUACUUCGGCGAGAGGAGGGCGGUGGUGAGGUGCUGGAGGAACGAGUUCUCGAGGGUCAUAUGCGAUCGGCUGAUCAGUGCUCAGGACAAUGAGUUGAUGCGGGGUUACAUCCAGGAGCAUGUGGUUAAGUACUUCCCUGAAGAUGAGCCAGUCGUUCUGGAGGAGAUCGUGGUCCCUGAGGAGAUACUUCCGGAGGAGGAGGAAGAUGAAUUCGGAAUAGAAUCUAAGUCAAAAAUGCCUGCAAGCUACGGAGCUGAAGAAUCAGAACCAGUUAUUGAAGAGGAGGAACUAGUUGAAGAAGAGAAGCAGUUAUCGUUGGAAGAAUACGUCCUUCGAGACCCUUUGCUGUUCGGUGACUACCGGAACGCCCUAGAGGAAGAAGAAAUACGCUACUAUGAAGACCUUUUGGACUAUGAAGCCAUUUACUUCCUCUUCCAAGAGAUACUCGACGAAUACCGCGAACGCAAAGGCAAGCUGUCAGUGGUACUAUUCGAGGACUGUUUGGAACACGUGACCCGCAUGCACCGCGUGCUGCGCAUGGACCGCGGCAACUUCAUGAUAGUCGGUGUAGGGGGUUCCGGCAAGAAGUCCAUCUGCAGGCUGGCUGCUUUCGCUGCCGGCUGCGAAGUAUUCGAGAUCGUAAUAACGCGGAACUACACGGAGACGACAUUCAGGGAGGACCUGAAGCGGCUCUACCACCAGCUCGGCGUGGACGGCAAACCCACCGUCUUCCUCUUCAGCGCUGCCCAGAUUGUGGAAGAAGGUUUUCUCGAGUACAUCAACAAUAUCCUUGUGAUCGGCAUGGUGCCGGCAUUGUUCACCGACGACGAGAAGGACGCCAUCAUCAACACCGUGCGAGUUGAGAGUGAGAAGACCAGCUAUGGGGUCACCAAGGACGGCGUGUGGAACUACUUCUGUCAGAAGUGCGCCAACAACCUCCACGUUGUACUGUCUAUGUCGCCCAGCGGGGAGGCGUUACGGAAUAGAUGUCGAAGUUUCCCAGGGCUAGUGAACAACACGACCAUCGACUGGCAGUUCCCAUGGCCGAAGCAGGCGCUGCUCGCUGUUGCCAACGUCUUUCUCACUGAUGUGCAGAAGAUCCCCCCAGAGUUCCUCAGCGUCAUAGUUGAGCACGUGGUGUACGUGCACGCCGGCGCGGCGCAGUACGCCACAGCGUACAUCGUGCGGGCGCGCAGACACAACUACGUCACGCCCAAACACUACAUGGACUAUCUGACGAACUACCUCGCGCUGUUGUACGAGAGGGACGCGCAUAUUGUGGCCCAGUGCGAUCGGCUUAUUGGUGGUCUUGCAAAAAUUGAGGAAGCUAACAUACAACUAGAGGACUUGAAUGCAAAGCUGGAGGAGCAAAAAGUUAUUGUUGCUGAGCAAACAAGUGAAUGCGAACUGCUUUUGAAUGAAAUCUCUACAGCAACCGAAAAGGCCGUAAACAAACAACAAGUGGCAGAAGCGAAGAGUGCUGAAAUAACUGAACAGAGCAAAGUGAUAGCUGACGAGAAAUCGGAGGCUGAGGAAGCGUUGUCAGCGGCACUGCCAGCUUUGGAAGCGGCACGGUUGGCACUGUCUGAUUUGGACAAGAAUGACAUUACAGAGAUCAGGUCUUUUGCUACACCACCAGAAGCUGUACAGGUGGUAUGUGAAUGCGUUGCGAUUCUUCGAGGCGUCAAAGAAAUCAAUUGGAAAGGUGCCAAGGGAAUGAUGGCUGAUCCGAAUUUCCUACGGAACUUGCAAGAGAUGAAUUGUGAUUUGAUCACACAACAACAGGUGAAGGUUGUUAAAGCGCACAUGAAGAAGAGUAAGAAGCUAGAUACAAUGCAACAGAUUAGUACAGCUGGAUACGGUCUCUUGAAGUUUGUGACUGCUGUUCUGGGCUACUGCGCCGUAUACAAAGAAGUAAAACCGAAGAAAGAUAAAGUUGAGGAGCUAGAAAAAGAAUACACAGAGGCAGUUAAUUAUUUGGCUUCUCUGAACAAAGAGAUAGAGAAACUUCAAGCUACGUUGGAUGGCCUGAACAGUAGAUACGAGACGGCAAUGUUGAGACGACAGGAGCUGCAGGAGGAGACGGACCUCAUGAUGAGGAGAUUGGUUGCUGCUGACAAGCUUAUGUCUGGUCUAUCCAGCGAGCAGAAGCGUUGGACGGAAGACCUGGAAGCGCUGCACGUGGAACAAUCUAGACUGAUCGGGAACUGUCUGCUGUCCGCCUCAUUCCUCAGCUACGCGGGACCGUUCUCGUUCGCCUUCCGACAGACCAUGCUUUACGAGGAUUGGAUGGGAGACCUUCUCAACCGGGGAAUACCGCUCACCACCCCGUAUACCGUUGAGAAGAACCUGACGAAUGAAGUGGAAAUUAGCGGAUGGAACUCCCAAGGUCUUCCCCCCGACGAGCUGUCUGUCCAGAACGGGAUCCUGACGACGCGGGCGUCACGGUUCCCGCUUUGCAUCGACCCCCAGACGCAGGCGCUGUCCUGGAUCAAGAAAAAGGAGGCUAAGAAUAAUUUAAAGGUGUUAUCGUUCAACGACCCCCACUUUCUGCGGCACCUCGAGAACGCCAUCAAGUACGGAAUGCCGGUGCUGUUCCAAGAUGUCAACGAAUACAUCGACCCCGUAAUAGACAAUGUGCUUGAGAAGAAUAUCAAAACGGACGCGGGUCGCACGUUUGUGAUGCUGGGCAGCACGGAGGUGGAUUACGAGCCCACCUUCCGCCUAUACCUCACCACCAAGCUGGCCAACCCGCAGUUCGACCCCGCAGUGUAUGCUAAGGCGGUGGUCAUCAACUACACUGUUACUGUUCAGGGCUUAGAAGACCAACUCCUGAGCGUGGUGGUCCGCGGCGAGCGGUCAGACCUUGAGGAGCAGAGAGAGAGCCUCAUCUCGGAGACGGCCGCCAACCGCAGCCUGCUCAGCGCCCUCGAGGACUCCCUACUGCGGGAGCUGGCCACCUCCACGGGCAACAUGCUGGACAAUAGAGACCUGGUGGACACGCUCGAGAAUACGAAGGCGAAGGCUACGGAGGUGAUGGAGAAACUGUCUCUGGCGGAGACGACGACGCGUGACAUCGAGCGGCUCCGCGACGGUUACCGAGCGGUCGCGCGACGCGGCUCCAUACUGUUCUUCGUGCUCGCCGACAUGGCUGUCGUCAACGCCAUGUACCAGUAUUCGCUGACCGCGUACCUCGAUGUAUUCUCGUUCUCCCUACGCAAGGCUAUGCCGAACGUGCUAUUGGCGAAAAGACUGAAAAAUAUUAUUGAUAUGCUCACGAAGAAUGUUUAUGAGUAUGGCUGCACAGGUAUAUUUGAGAAACACAAGCUGCUGUAUUCUUUUCAAAUGGACAUAAAACUUGAACAAAGCGAAGGAAACGUGUCACAGAUGCAAUUGGAUUUCUUCAUCAAAGGAAAUGUUUCACUUGAGAAGUCGCCGCGUGCUAGCCCAGCUACAUGGAUUCCAUCACAGGGUUGGCAAGAUAUAAUAAAACUAAGCGUUGAUUUUCCGGAAAAAUUCAACGAAUUACCCGAUCAUAUCACUCGUAACUUGGAUGCAUGGAAAGAGUGGUACGACAGCGACGCCCCCGAGUCUGGCGACAUCCCCGACAGCUACCGCGACAUCCUCGCGCCGUUUGAGGUGCUGAUGCUGCUGCGGUGCUUCCGCGUGGACCGCGUGUAUCGAGCCAUCACCGACUAUGUUACCGUCACCAUGGGCGAGGAGUACGUCACGCCGCCUGUUGUAAGUCUGGACGCGGUAUACGAGCAGACGACACCGUUCAGUCCGGUGGUGUUCAUCCUGAGCCCGGGGUCUGAUCCCACCGCGGACCUCAUGAAGCUCGCGGACCGCUGCGGCUUCGGCGGGGGGAAGUUCAAGUAUCUGUCGCUCGGACAGGGGCAGGAGGGGGCGGCGUUGGCCCUUCUCGAUGGCGCGAUGUCGCACGGCCAAUGGCUGAUCCUGCAGAACUGCCACCUGCUGCUGCCCUUCCUCCGCGAGCUGGACAAGCGCCUGGAGAUGAUGGAGAAGCCCCACCCCGAGUACCGGCUCUGGCUGACCACGGACCCCACGCCAGCCUUCCCCAUUGGGAUACUGCAGAGGUCGCUUAAAGUGGUAACGGAGCCCCCGAACGGUCUCAAGUUGAAUCUCCGCAACACAUACUUCAAGAUGCGAGCGAGAGCGCUGGACGAGUGCAUUCAUCCGCAGUUCAAAAAAUUAGUCUACGUUCUUGCAUUUUUCCACGCAGUUGUACAGGAACGUCGAAAAUACGGCAAGAUUGGCUGGAACAUUUCGUACGAGUUUAGCGAGUCGGACUUCACUGUAUGUAUGCAGAUCCUGCAGUGUUACCUCGACCGCUGCUACGUCGCGAACGGACCAAUACCGUGGUCCACGCUCAAGUAUCUAUUCGGCGAGGUGAUGUACGGCGGCCGCGUGAUCGACGACUUCGACCGGCGCGUGGUGGGCACCUACAUGGGCGAGUACCUCGGCGACUUCCUGUUCGACACCUUCCAACCGUUCCGCUUCUACGGCGACCGCGAGGCGGAGUAUGUGAUACCGCCGGAAGGGACCAGGGAUGAUUAUAUUGAGUUCAUAGACGGGCUGCCCCUGGCGAAUUCGCCGGAGGUGUUCGGUCUGCACCCCAACGCGGAGAUCGGCUACUACAGCGGCGCCGCACGACAUCUGUGGACGACGCUCGUCGACCUGCAGCCGCAUACUGACGAGUCUGGCGGUUCAAUAAGCCGCGAGGAGUUCAUCGACUCAACCGCCGUGGAGAUCCUGCACCAGCUACCGCCGGCGUUCGAGGUGUGGCGCGUCCGCAAACACUUCGAGAUGGCCGUCACGCCCACUGUCGUGGUACUGCUACAGGAGCUAGAGAGAUUCAACCGCCUGAUCGACAAGAUCCGCAGCACGCUGACGUUACUGCGCAAGGCUCUCGCGGGUGAGAUCGGCCUGGACGCGGUGUUGGACGACGUAGCUUACAGCCUUUACAACGGCCAUUUGCCGGCCUCAUGGAGGCCCCUGGCGCCCGACACGCGCAAGAAUUUGGCAUCGUGGGUAGAUCACUUCCUGGAGAGGACCAGGCAGUACACCGAGUGGGUGACAGUAGAGGAGCCAGUCGUGAUGUGGGUGUCCGGUCUGCACGUGCCGGAGUCCUACCUGGCGGCGCACGUGCAGCUCGCGUGCCGCAACAACGCCUGGCCGCUCGACCGCACCACUUUCUACACGCGAGUGACGCCGCACCGCACGCUCGACGACAUCGAGGAGCGACCCGCCAAUGGUUGUUACAUCCGUGGUCUGCACUUGGAGGGUUGCCGGUGGGACGAGCAGGAGGCCUGUCUCAAGCGCUCCCACCCCAAAGUUCUGGUCACAGAGUUGCCCAUCAUGCAUAUCAUACCGACUGAGACACAUAAGCUGAAAUUGCAAAACACUCUCCGUACACCGGUGUACACGACGUCUGACCGCCGCAACGCUAUGGGAGUGGGGUUAGUGUUUGAGGCGGACCUGGCCACGGCAGACCACCUGAGCCACUGGCUGCUGCAGGGAGUCUGCCUCGUCAUGAAUACGGAUUAGAAGAAAGAAAAAAAGAAAAAAUUAAUACACACAAGACACAACUAAAUCAGCAAAACAAGGGCAAACAAACUAGUAUAGUAAUUUAACAGGUCCAGGGCCCAUACCACCAAAGCGUUUUGAGAUUCAAACAAUCAUACAAAAAUGCCGCGUCCU